UGCAUGGAGGUCCUCUUUCUGUGAGGACCAUUAAUGCGUCCAGUAAAAGGGAAGGAAAGAUUAAACUGGAUCAAGUGACAAGCGGCAACAUUCUGUCAGGACUUGUAGAAGUAGGGAGUAACAAUAAACAGUCUUCAUUUAAACAGGUAGAUGGCAAAUACAUUGCAGGCAGAAAACAACCACAAAGAUGAUGAAGCAAUGGAACACAUCUAGGUUGCACCACAUACACCCUACACGCCAGUAUAUUGUAUAUUGAUGAGAUGUUUCUUUUUUUCAGGGAGACUGGAGGCAUAGGUAAUGUUGAGACUAGUUGAGACCAGACAAUGAUUACAUGUGCAUGUGUGUGGCGCAGGCUUUUGCAGUGUGGAGCAGAUGAGAGGGAUUGCUGGAAGCCAGGGAGGAUGAUGGGACAUGUAGUGCAGAGGUGACAGUAAAUCUGUGUGUUCCCACUAAGACCCAGGACUCAGAGAGGCUCUUUUUCGAGUGGCCUCCCCCAUUAGGCUCUCCAGACUGGGGCAGGACUCAGUUUAAUAGAGGGCCUUCAACCUCCCGGGACCACAAACCAAAAAUCAACUAUCCAUUGUAAAAAGAGAAAGGUGGAUUUCUACUUCUAUACUUUUUAUACAAUUCUUUUCAAAGACAUUUUUUUUAAAGACUGUCCUUCUAUUAUUUUUUACAUGGAAUAUUUGUUUUUUCUCCACCUUCAAUUUGGACUUUUACAUUUUUAAUUUGAAUUUUGUCAUCUACACCCACCUCUCUGGGAGUGCAGUACGUCUGGUCUCCCGCUGGCUCUUCCCAGACUCUCUGUGUGCUAAUGGAACGAGCACUCAUCAUGGCUCUCAAUUAGCCCCACACACAACAGACGGUGAUGGCUGGUUAUUGUGCAAUAGUUUUGGGCUAGUGCCCCUCAGUGGGUAGAACUCAAAUCGAGAGCUGGGUGUUUUGAGUGUUUUUAUCAGCCAUCUUACUGUCCCUGACAAAAAUAUUCACAUAAACACACAACAUCUCUCAGUGCCACCUGUUUUCCAAAAAAAAAAAAUGGAAAUGGAUGACCACAGAAACUCUAGCUUUCUUUGCCAGUCCCACGACCCACGAUGGCAACCACAGUCUUCAGCAGCAAAGCGACGACGAAAACCAACCUCAAAGCAAAAAGCAAAAAGCCCAGAUGGCCCAGCGAGCUCGGUGUCCUCGACUCCAGUGCUACGCAGCCACAGCUGGUGGUGGAACAGUUUGCUCUUUCCUCUAGUCAUGCUAUCAUACUUGCCCUGUGAGGCUUGGGGCACCACCUUCAAAAUUGCCAUCGUAGGACCAUGGGCGUGCGACCCUAUGUACUCCAAAGCCCUGCCAGACCUGGCUGCCCGAUUAGCCAUUAGCCGUAUCAACAAAGACCCCGAGCUCAACAAAGGCUACUGGUAUGAUUACACACUAAUUAAUGAGGAUUGCUCGAGCUCGAGAGGCCUGGCACGCUUUGCCGAGCUGGAGGGUUACGGUUCGGCCUUUCUUGGACCGGCAAACCCUGCCUACUGCACUGCUGCUGCACUGCUGGCAAAGAAUUGGAACAAGGGCAUCCUGUCCUGGGCUUGCCUGAAGGCUGACAUGAAUGAGGAAAUGUAUCCCUCCUUUCUGCGGCCGCUCCCUUUGUCUUCUCGCGUGCUCUUCUCUGUGCUGCGCUUUUUCCGCUGGGCACAUGUUGGGAUUAUAACUGCCGAGAACGACAUGUGGGAAGCGACUGGGCAUGAACUUGCAGCAUCCCUGCGUGCUCUUGGUCUGCCAGUUGGCACGGUUGUUACCAUGGGGGCGGACAAGGAGGGACCACGACGAGCCCUAAAGACAAUACGAGAGAUGGAUCGAGUGAGGGUUGUCAUUAUGUGCAUGCACUCUGUUCUUAUUGGUGGAGAGGAACAGUAUAAGUUGCUAACCACAGCACUGGACAUGAGAAUGAUUGACCGAGGAUACAUCUUUAUUCCAUAUGAUACACUGCUGUAUUCGCUGCCAUAUAAAAAUGUGAACUAUCCAAUCUUGGCCAAUAACACCAAACUACGACGAGCAUAUGAUGGGGUCUUAACAGUAACCAUGGACCAAGGGGAACAAAAUUUCUAUGAGGCCUUUUAUGCAGCACAAGGAUCCUAUGACAUCCGCAGCAGCACACCAGCUGAAGAGGUUUCUCCAUUUUUUGGGACCAUUUAUAACAUGCUCUAUUAUACAGCCAUGGCUGCAGAGCAGAGUCGUGCUUCAAGUGGUGGGCGCUGGGUAUCGGGUGAUGCACUGGCUAAAAACGACGGCGGAUUUGAAUUCAAUGGCUUUAACCAAAGGAUAUCAGCAGGUUCUGAUGGAGAAGGAAUGCAGGCACGCUACGCUGUCCUGGAUUCAGAUGGCUCUGGCUCCAGCCUACACCUCACACACGCCCUCGAAGCACCGCACACGUAUGGAAAAUAUGGAGGGUUGAAGUACUUGGGGAAAUCGAUUCAUUUUGCUGGAGCAUCUCCGAGCAGUGACUCAAACUGCUGGUUCAGCCCUUAUAUCGCUUGUAGUGGGGGCCUGGAUGGAGUUUUCUUCCUUCUUUUGUUGUUUAUUGUGUUGAUAGGUGGAGCAGGUGUCCUUUUCUUCCAUGUAAGGAAACACGGUCAGGUGGGGAUAUUAGGAGGGUUUGGUGGUGGAGGAGGAGGAAGCUCUGUUAAGAUAGUGCUAACACUGGAUGACUUGGUCUUCAUCAACACCACACUCAGCAGGCGGAAGCUAAACGAGGAUAGUAUGAUAAAGAGUCAACUCGAUGUUAAAACCCCACACCACUCAGUUUCAGCUCGCAGUUACAUUACUUCAACUCCUGAAACGUCCAACGUUGCUGUUUUUGAGGGUGACUGGGUUUGGCUGAAGAAAUGCGCCUGUGGAGAUUCUGUUUCAGAAAUCGCUGAGAGUACACAGGCCAUCUUUAUCAAGCUGAGAGACAUGCGCCACGAGAAUCUGAACUUGUUUCUGGGUCUGUUCCUGGAUACUGGCAUAUUUGGCAUUGUUACAGAGCACUGCACCAGAGGCAGCCUGGAAGACCUACUCAACAAUGAGGAAAUGAGACUGGACUGGAUGUUCAAAUCCUCUCUUCUCCUUGAUCUGAUCAGGGGAAUGAAGUGCUUGCAUAAUCGUGGGAUUAUUCAUGGACGCCUGAAGUCAAGGAACUGCGUGGUAGAUGGCAGGUUUGUUCUGAAGAUUACAGAUUAUGGCUAUAAUGAAAUCCUCAACUGUCAAAACAUCAACUUGGAGGACAACAAUCCGGAGAAUCUAUUUUGGACGGCUCCAGAGAUCCUGCGGGACCCUAAUCUGAAGAGGAAGGGGACGUAUGCAGCAGAUGUAUACAGCUUUGCUAUUAUCAUGCAGGAGGUGAUCUCUCGCUGCGCACCCUUCUGCAUGUUGGAUAUGCCUCCUGAGGAAAUCAUAGAUAAGGUGCGCUCUCCUCCACCGCUGUGCAGACCCACUGUGUCUGUGGAUGAAGCUCCGCUGGAGGUGAUUCAGAUCAUGAAGCAGGCCUGGAGUGAGGAGCCUGACAAGAGACCCACAUUUGAGGAGAUCUUCAAACAGUUUAAAAAUGUGAACAAGGGAAAGAAGACAAAUAUAAUUGACUCAAUGUUAAGGAUGCUGGAGCAGUACUCCUCAAACCUGGAGGAUCUGAUCCGAGAGAGGACUGAAGAACUAGAGGUUGAGCGUCAGAAAACUGAUGCUCUCCUAGCUCAGAUGCUGCCCAAGUCUGUGGCCUUGGCAUUAAAGACAGGAAAGCCAGUAAAACCGGAGCACUUUUCAGACGUCACACUGUAUUUCAGUGAUAUUGUAGGUUUCACCACCAUCUCUGCUCUGAGUGAACCUAUCGAAGUGGUCGAUCUGCUUAACGACCUCUACAUACUCUUCGAUGGAAUCAUCGCAAUCCACGAUGUCUACAAGGUGGAGACUAUUGGUGAUGCAUACAUGGUGGCAUCUGGUGUUCCGAACCGUAAUGGUAACCGUCACGCUGCAGAGAUGGCCAACAUGUCUCUGGACAUUCUGCACUGCAUCGGAACAUUUCAAAUGAGGCACAUGCCUGACGUCAAAGUCAAAAUCCGCAUUGGACUCCAUUCUGGUCCAGUGGUGGCGGGUGUAGUUGGGUUGAAGAUGCCUCGGUACUGUCUGUUCGGGGACACUGUAAACACAGCUUCCCGAAUGGAAUCCACAGGGUUGCCUUACAGAAUCCAUGUCAACAAGAGUACUGUUAAUGUCCUGAACACCCUCAAACUUGGCUAUAAAAUAGAUACUAGGGGCAGGACAGAGCUCAAGGGUAAAGGUGUAGAGGAAACAUUUUGGUUGGUUGGAAGGGAUGGAUUUACCAAGCCACUACCUGUACCGCCAGACCUUACUCCAGGGGCGAGCAACCAUGGUAUCAGCUUGGAUGAGAUUCCGCCUGAUAGGCGGCAGAAAUUCUUGGAUCGACAAAAGAACAUGGGGAACUGAGGCUGUGAUGCUCAUGUUUCUGCACCAGCCUAUCGAAUUUAGGAGAAAGUGGGGCAAGGGGAUGAAAGGAGUGGAAUGAGGUGUUCAAAAACCCCUCGACUUCUCUUUUUCUACCCGAUUCAUUCCAAGAAAGAGUGGAAAACCUCACUAGGACAUCUGACAAAAGGCACAAACACUUGACCUGAAAGCCAGUCCAUCGAAACCAUCAGCUCAAGAAGAUGGCAUGUACCAGCUGCUAUGGAUGGUCACAGAACUUUUUUUUAAAAACUAUAGUUUAUACUGCAGUUCAUCCAAUACUAAAUAAAAGACACUUCUGAGGUCACAGCUCAUACAGACAUGAAAAUGAGAACAGCAGCACAUGCCUCAUUCAUCUGUGAUCCCUCCAGUUAAUCCACUUCUACAAAGAGAUUUAUUUUCUUUAUUUCAUUGUUUAUAAGACAAAAGUGAAACAAGCUAAAAACUAAAAAUUGAUGGUGCUUGUUUAUAAUGGCACCUGACAAUUUAGUUAUAAUUCAGUGGAAAUAACAGCAAUAAUAUCCAUGUGUUGAAAGGAUUUAAAAUACUGUUGAAUUUAUUUGCUAGGAAUAUCAGGUUUUAAAUAAAUAGGUGCUAGUUGAAAAAACAAACAAACAAACAAAAAAAACCCCGUCACAUUCUUCAAAUUUUCUUUUUGAAAAUGCUUUCAUUCUUGUUUCAUUUCACGUGGCACUGUUUGGCCUUUAUAGAAAGCGCAAUGCAUUCAGAGCAAUUUUCAUGGCCAAUAAGAAUAAGAAUAUAUGGCAGACAUUUACUUGCUAUCAUUUGAGUAGCUUACCUCAAUUGUCCUCUUUGAGUUAAGAGUAAGAUGUACUUUAAAAAAAGGAAACUUGUGAGCCGAGACAGACACAAAUUGUCAAGUUUGCAUUGCAAUUGCAUGUCACAUUAUCUUAAUAUACUCGGCACAUUCCAUGCAUAAUAUUCUGAUGUCAAACCCUGCUUCAGAGUCCUGAAAAAUUACCAAAGGGAAAACAUAUCAGAGAUUUAUCCAAAGAUUAUCUCAGCACUAUUUUGACUGCUCAUGCACUCAGUAAAUAUGCUAGGUGCCCCAAAAGGGGAAUUAUUUGAAAGAAUGCCAUGACAGACUUUUAAAUGUGUGGUCUGGAUAUCUUCAUUAAGAUAGGAGGGUUCUGGCGCCUGUGGCUGUCCAGGAUGACGUUCUGUCACUCCAUACGUCAACCACAAUCAGCGGAGCUAGUCACAGCAGGAUGUAGAUGAAUUUCAAUUGCAAAUCUCACCAUUUUAUCUUCUUUUCUGUGAUUAUGUAAAUAAAAAAUGGUUUUAGUGAAUGUGCA